CGCAUCCACACUGGGGAACGGCCCUACUCAUGUACGGAGUGUGGGAAGAACUUCAGGAGCAGGUCCCAGCUGAUCCGACACCAGCGCAUCCACACUGGGGAGCGGCCCUACACGUGUGCGGAAUGUAGGAAGAGUUUCAAUGACCUCUCUAACCUCCUCAAGCACCAGCACAUCCACACUGGGCAAUGGCCCUACAAGUGCUUGGAAUGUGGGAAGAGGUUUUGUACCAGCGGGAAUCUCCUCCUGCAUGAGCAGACACACACAGGGGAGAGGCCCUUCCGCUGCACCGACUGCGGGAAGGGCUUCAAACGCAACUCCCACCUCAUCAGCCACCGGCACAUCCACACCGGGGAGAGGCCCUACAAGUGUGGGGAGUGUGGGAAGAGCUUCAACCGCCGCUUCAGCCUCUGCGUUCACCAGCGCAUCCACACUCGAGAAAGGCCCUACGAGUGUGGGGAAUGUGGGAAGAGCUUCAGUGACCGCUCCAGCCUCCGCACCCACCAGCGCAUCCACACUGGGGAACGGCCCUACAGAUGUGGGAAAUGUGGGAAGAGGUUUCAGACCAGCGGGAAUCUCCUAGUCCAUGAGCGGAUACACACAGAGGAGAGGCCCUUCCGCUGCACCGACUGCGGGAAGGGCUUCAAACACAACUCCACCCUCGUCACCCACCGGCGCAUCCACACCGGGGAGAGGCCCUACAAGUGUGGGGAGUGUGGGAAGAGCUUCACCUGGAGCUCUGCCUUGACCCAACACCAACGGACCCACCAGUAAGGGAAGCCCCCUGAGUGCCCCGACUGCGGGAAGAGCUUCGGCCGCUGCUCCCACCCGGAAUGACCCCCCUGAUGGUGAGGC